UUAGAUCCAGCUAUAUAUUGUCACCUGGGUCAUCUGAAUUUAUUAUUAGAGCAAUUUGCUAAAGCUUUAUCAGCUUAUCAGAAGUAUUUCAAUCUACAGGCUGACAAUUGGAAGAAUACAGCAUUUUUAUACGGGUUGGGCCUGGUAUAUUAUCAUUAUAAUUCAUUUAAUUGGGCAAUAAAAAGUUUUCAAGAGGUGCUGUACUGUGACCCAUCCUUUAAACGCACCAAUGAAAUACAUGUACGGUUAGGAUUGAUGUUUAAAUCUAAUGGAAAUUAUAAAUCCAGUUUAAAGCAUUUCCGGUUAGCAGAGAAAGAUUCCAGCGAAUGUACUCUAUCAAAACAAGAAAUUCAGUUAAACAUUGCCCAUCUGUUGGAAGUUGAGGGAGAACAUAAACAAGCUAAAGAAGUGUAUGAGAAACUUUUAACAGCAGAAGAUCUGACUAAGACAGUAAAAGCUACAGCAUUACGACAACUAGGUUGGUUAUAUCAUAGUAUUGAGUCAUUUGGUGAGAAAGCUUACCGUGAAACCAGAGCUAUACAAUACCUUCAAAAAUCUCUAGAAUUAGACCCUAAUGGACAAACAUCUUAUUUGUUAGGAAGAUGUUUUUCAAGUGCUGGUAAAGUACACGAUGCCUUCCUCUACUAUCGUCAUUCUAUUGAUAAAUCUGAGGCUAAUGCUGAUACAUGGUGCUCUAUAGGAGUGUUAUAUCAACAACAGAAUCAGCCUAUGGACGCUUUACAAGCGUAUAUAUGUGCUGUACAAUUAGACAAAUCUCACCAAGCAGCCUGGACAGAUCUAGGUGUUUUAUAUGAAUCUUGUAAUCAACCAGUUGAUGCUUUAACUUGCUAUCAAAGUGCGGCUAGAAAUAGUAAAGGUUGGUAUAGGUUAUUUUUAAGCCUCACAUAUACUCAUACUUAUUCCUAUAAGUCUUAUGCUACCCCUAAUUUAUCUGCUAAAAUAAAGUUUUUACACCAGAAUUUACCAAUGCAACAUUUUCAAAACAAGCCACGUACACUACCUAGUAUAGAAGAAGCUUGGCAAUUACCAAUUCCUGCUGAACUUACUUCUAGACAGAAUUCUGGUGGACUUUCACAGUCUGCCGGUCAGAAUGCUGCCAACCCAAACCUUACUGCUGAAUCUAAAAUGGAAGAGGACAAGAAAGCAAGGAAACGGGUAAGAUAUUUCAGUCCAUCAUCAGAGAGUAUGGAGAGCCCGACCCCUCCCCCACAACCUGGUCUUAUGACCCCACAACAACUCAAUCUAUUACAAUGUUUAGCCUCCAACCAGGCUAAUCUAGAUCCUCAACAGCAAACAAUAUUACGAAUAUCCUUACCCACGCCAGGAUCACGUCAUCUAACAUCGAUCUCGGACAAUUUACCCGCAGAUUUUGUACAUAAUUUACGAGCAGCCAAUAUGAGUGAACAGGAAAUAAACAGUCUUCUCUCACGACCAAAUAUUACUACCUCCAUCGCUGAAGACUUCAUAACUCAAUUUUCACGGAGUAAGAGAUCAGAAGAUAGUAAAAUAAAAGAAGAUAAAGAUAAUAUAGAAUCGGUACAUUCCACGACAACAGACAGUAAACAUGGUUUCUGUUUAUCUAAUAUGUUACAAGAUUUUGGUCCACCCCCUACACCCCCUAGCCCUCCAACACCACCAUUAUCUAAAGACCAGCUGAACCCACCAACACCUAGUGUUUAUUUAGAAAGUAAACGUGAUGCCUUCUCACCAGAAUUACAGCAAUACUGUCAUUCACAACCAGUAGUUGUUAUACGAGGAUUAGCUGGAGCACUCAAAUUAGAUCUAGGAUUAUUUUCUACAAAGACAUUAGUUGAAGCUAAUGCAGAUCAUAGAGUAGAAGUUAGAGCACAGAAACAACAAGCCCCUGAUGAGAAUCGAGAUCAGCUAGGUAGAAAAGUAUGGCAUUGUGCUAGUUCUAGAAGUCACACAUCUAUAGCAAAAUAUGCUCAAUAUCAGGCUUCAUCCUUCCAAGAAUCUCUACGAGAAGAACAUGAUAAAGCUAAAGGCCAACAUAAAGAUUCUGAUAGUGAUUCUAACUCUUCUACUUCUUCUAAAAAUCAGUUAUAUUUUAUGUUUGAUUUAUUUUCCAGGAAAAAGUCGAAGGUGAUAAAAUUUGGUACUAAUGUAGAUUUAUCCGAUGAUAAAAAAUGGAAGAAUCAGUUAUUUGAAUUAUCAAAAUUACCCAGUUUUACUCGAGUCGUGUCUGCUGCUAAUUUAUUAAGUCAUGUGGGUCAUACCAUAUUAGGUAUGAAUACUGUACAGUUAUAUAUGAAAGUGCCUGGAUCUCGUACACCUGGUCAUCAAGAAAAUAAUAAUUUCUGUUCUGUAAAUAUUAAUAUUGGACCAGGUGAUUGUGAAUGGUUUGCGGUACCUGAUCAAUAUUGGGGAGUUAUACAGAGUCUCUGUGAAAGACAUAAUAUAAAUUAUUUAACGGGAUCAUGGUGGCCUGUAUUAGAAGAUCUGUAUGAAGAAGAUGUACCAGUAUAUAGAUUUAUACAGAAACCUGGUGAUCUAGUGUGGAUUGGACCUGGUACAGUACAUUGGGUACAAGCUGUGGGUUGGUGUAAUAACAUAGCUUGGAAUGUCGGUCCUUUAACUUCUCUCCAAUAUCAGCUAGCAUUAGAACGUUAUGAGUGGAAUAAACUACAAAGUUAUAAAUCUAUAGUGCCAAUGAUACAUCUAUCAUGGAGUAUAGCUCGUAAUAUUAGUAUAGUAGAACCUAGACUCUAUGAAUUAGUCAAGUCUGUAUUGAUGAGAUCAUUACGACAGAUUCAGAUGUUGACUGAUUUUGUGGAAGAAUUAGGUUUUCAGAUUAAAUGGCAGGGUAGAGAGAAAGAUGAAGCUGCUACAUAUUGUGAUGACUGUGAGCUGGAAGUGUUUAAUAUAUUAUUUGUUAAAGAACAAGAUAAGAAGUUUAUUGUCCACUGUCAAGACUGUUCACGUAGAAUCAGUCCUAAAUUAGAAGGUUUUAUUAUUCUUAAUCAGUAUAAAUUAGAACAUCUUACUGAAGUUUAUGAUAACUUCCUCAUUCAUGUGAGUAUAACUAUUAUUUUGAAUUUAUUAAAGACACAAACAAUUACCAUAUUUAAAGGGUCUUUUUCCGGAAAUUCUUGCAAGUUAUCGUGUGCAUGUAUUUUGACAUCCUUAAAUAAGAUAGCUAAGUCUACAAAUAGUUUCAUGACAAUAUCCUUCUAA